CAGCCGCCAGCAGGAGGAGAGCCGCGGGGCGGGCCCAGCGUGUGGGUUGUGCGGAGCAGACGGAGCCGCGGCAGCAGUUUUCGCCGGAGGACACCCAAAGGACGGCAGAGGGGGUUUCGACAACCCGCCGCCGCCGCCUCUAGGCUCCCAGGGCAGGGCGCAGUGAGAUUGUCGUGCUCCCUGAGCCCGGGAGCGUCCGAGGCAACGCAGCUCCGAUAAAUCUCCGCCCCAUUCCAGCGAGCGCCUUCCCUGCCGUCCUCCGGCGCUCCCUGGGCCGAUCCCACCACCCGCGCCUGCCUGCCUGCCUGCCUGCCUGCUGUCUGCCUGCCCGCUCGCCUAGCCGCCCUUCCAGGAGUGCGGGGCCAUGAACGGCUACGGCUCCCCUUACCUGUACAUGGGCGGCCCGGUGUCCCAGCCUCCCCGGGCGCCCCUGCAGCGCACUCCCAAAUGCGCCCGCUGCCGCAACCACGGCGUGCUGUCGUGGCUCAAGGGCCACAAGCGCUACUGCCGCUUCAAGGACUGCACCUGCGAGAAAUGCAUCCUCAUCAUCGAGCGGCAGCGGGUGAUGGCCGCGCAGGUGGCGCUCCGCCGGCAGCAGGCCAACGAGAGCCUGGAAAGCCUCAUCCCGGACUCGCUCCGGGCCCUGCCGGGCCCCCCGCCCCAGCCUUCGGGAGACAGCGGCACCGCGCCGCCGCCGCCGCCGCCUCAGCCGCAGCCGCAGCCGCCGCGUCCCGCGGAGCUGGCCGCCGCCGCCGCCGCCGCCGCCCUGCGCUGGGCCUCCGAGCAGCAGCCCCCCAAGCCGGAUCUGACUGAAGAACGCUUGGGAGACAGCAGUGGAGGCGACAACACGGAAGCCUACAGCGAUAAAGACACCGACCAAAGGAGCUCCCCGGACAUGGCGAAAAGCAAGAGCUGCUUCCCCUCUGAAAGCCCUGAAAUCGUGUCAGUGGACGAAGGCGGUUAUGCCCUCCAGAAAAACAGCAGCACGGUGGAGAGCAGGCCCGACAGCCCCAAGUACCACCCGGAGCAGAAUCACCUCCUGAUCGAAGGUCCGUCGGGGACCGUUUCUCUGCCUUUCAGUUUGAAAGCCAACAGACCUCCACUUGAAGUGUUAAAAAAAAUAUUCCCCAACCAGAAGCCACCAGUCUUGGAGCUGAUUUUGAAGGGUUGCGGGGGAGACCUGGUCAGUGCCGUGGAAGUCCUUCUGUCUAGUCGCUCAUCGGCCACAGGAGGGGACCGAACUUCUUCCGAUUCCGAGAGUCUCGUUUUGCCUUCCAACGGGAACAUUUUUGAGCACACGUUGAGUUCCUACCCCAUUUCUUCUUCCAAGUGGUCUGUCGGGUCAGCCUUUAGAGUCCCAGACACACUGAGGUUUUCCACUGAUUCCAGUAAUGUGGUGCCCAAUCCAUUGGCUGUACCCCUACAGCACCCUUUUCCUCAGCCGCCCCGGUACCCUCUGAUGCUGAGGAAUACUUUGGCGAGAAAUCAGUCCAGCCCCUUUUUGCCUAACGAUGUCACCUUGUGGAACACCAUGACCCUGCAGCAACAGUACCAGCUGAGGUCCCAGUACGUCAGUCCUUUCUCCAGCAACUCCGCCAGCGUCUUCCGAAGCUCUCCGGCCCUCCCCACUCGCCCAUCAGAAGAUCCUCGGAUUUCGAUUCCCGAUGACGGCUGUCCAAUUGUGGCGAAGCAGCCCAUUUAUACAGAAGAUGACUAUGAUGAAAGGUCUGAUUCUUCGGACUCUAGAAUACUCAAUACGUCUUCUUAAAAUGAUGCUAGACAGGUGACGACUAAAUGAUAUUUACAGUCCGGCGAAACUCUUGGGUACCAAGAAGGGGGAAGUGUAUUGUACCAAACGCUUUUAAUUCUGUUUUGAAAAAAAAAAAACAACAAAAAAACCACCACGUGACUUUUGCUUAAUACUAUACUUUAGCAAUAAAAAUGUAACUUAUUUAAUUUCUUGCACUUCACUUGAAAAUGCCAAAUAGUUAUACUCUACGGCUUUAGUGCUGAAUGUUUCUUGUAAAAGAGAGCCUAAUGCUAAGGAUAGUGUCAUGGGAAAGCUGGGGUAGUGGAAGGUCUGUACUGGGAUUGGGAUGUGAGAUGAGCCUGGCCCCUUACCUCAGACAACCUGGAAGGUUCAAAAAAAGGAUACUGUAUACAGUACUUGAAUGCAGUUUUACAACAGAGGACUCCUCAGGAUUUAAGAAGCCAAAAGGAAGUCUUCAGUUGCCAAUGGAUGAAACAGGGGCCCUAUAUUCUUAUGCUAAAAAUCGUUCUGACAUUUAAGAGAGACUCACUACAAGUCUCUUGAACUUGAACUGCUCUUGAACUGCUUACAUGCUAUUUAAGCUUGGACACUUUUUAGAGACGAACUAUUAAGAAUUAUCCUUUUCACAUGGCUAGAUCGAAACACGUGUAAUGUCAAUGUAAAACCAAUUACAGCUGUGAAUUGCAUGAAAUGUAUUGUGAAAUGAACACAAGAUUAAGCAUUGUCAGGUUAAUGUAGCAUGCUAAGGACUCUAGAAAAAAAAUAAACUGAGAAGAUGA